AUGUCUUCCAAAUACUUGCUAGUGUUUCUUCUUGGAGUGGUGGCUUUCACCACCACAACUCCUUCUCUUGCUGAUAACCAUGACCCAAAGCCACAAAUCUACAAGCCUCCAACACAACUUAACAAGGAAGAGCCAUUGCCAUUCCCAGAACAUAAGCCCCCAACCCAACAACCCAAGGGUAAAGGAGGAGAGAAGCCUCCACCAGUUGACAAGCCACCCCACAAUGAACACCAUUUGUUAGAGGUGGAGGACCAAUUUCCCAAGGGAGAAAAGCCACCUCCAGAGCGCAAUGACCAGCCUCCCCAGGUACAAAAGCCACCACCAGAGCGCAAUGACCAGCCUCCAAAGGGAAAGAAGCCUCCACCAGAGAACAAUGAGCCUCCAAAGGAAAAAAAGCCUCCACCAGAGAACAAUGAGCCUCCUAAGGGACAAAAGCCACCACCAAAGGAGAAACCAGGUGUUGAGCCUCACAAGGAUGAGAAGCCACCACCUGAGCACGAACCAGGACACCCGGGAGAUGAGCCACCGAGAAAAGGAGAGAAACCACCACCUGAGCAUGAACCAGGACACCCGAGAGAUGAGCCACCAAGAAAAGGAGAGAAGCCACCACCAGAGCACAAAGGAAACCCGGGCAACGACGAGCCUCCAAAGGGUGAGAAGCCGCCUCAUCACAAACAAGAAACCAGAACUCGUUUGCUAGAGGAGCCAUUGGAUGGGAAAUUGCCUCCUCAGGGAAAGAAGCCGAAGCCACCCACAAAACCCAAGCCACCAACCCCACUUGAUGAGCACAAGCCAUUCCCAGAGCCCAAGCCAGAGCCCAAGCCAGAACCAAAGCCAGUUGAUCAGCCUCCUAAGGGCAAGGGAGACAAGCCACCUCAUCACGAUCGCCAUCUUGAACAGAAUGUGGUGCCAGAGCCCAAGCCAGAGCCCAAGCCAGAACCAAAGCCAGUUGAUCAGCCUCCUAAGGGCAAGGGAGACAAGCCACCUCAUCACAAUCGCCAUCUUGAACAGAAUGUGGUGCUAGAGCCCAAGCCAGAGCCCAAGCCAGAACCCAAGCCAGAGCCCAAGCCAGAGCCCAAGCCACCUCAUCACGAUCGCCAUCUUGAACAGAAUGUGGUGCCAGAGCCCAAGCCAGUGCCCAAGCCAGAGCCCAAGCCAGAACCAAAGCCAGUUGAUCAACCUCCUAAGGGCAAGGGAGACAAGCCACCUCAUCACGAUCGCCAUCUUGAACAGAAUGUGGUGCUAGAGCCCAAGCCAGAGCCCAAGCCAGAGCCCAAGCCAGAACCCAAGCCAGAACCCAAGCCAGAGCCCAAGCCAGAGCCCAAGCCAGAGCCCAAGCCAGAACCCAAGCCAGAGCCCAAGCCAGAACCCAAGCCACCUCAUCACGAUCGCCAUCUUGAACAGCCAGAGCCCAAGCCAAUGCCCAAGCCAGAGCCCAAGCCAGAACCAAAGCCAGUUGAUCAACCUCCUAAGGGCAAGGGAGACAAGCCACCUCAUCACGAUCGCCAUCUUGAACAGAAUGUGGUGCUAGAGCCCAAGCCAGAGCCCAAGCCAGAGCCCAAGCCAGAGCCCAAGCCAGAACCCAAGCCAGAGCCCAAGCCAGAACCCAAGCCACCUCAUCACGAUCGCCAUCUUGAACAGAAUGUGGUGCCAGAGCCCAAGCCAGUGCCCAAGCCAGAGCCCAAGCCAGAACCAAAGCCAGUUGAUCAACCUCCUAAGGGCAAGGGAGACAAGCCACCUCAUCACGAUCGCCAUCUUGAACAGAAUGUGGUGCUAGAGCCCAAGCCAGAGCCCAAGCCAAAACCCAAGCCAGUUGAUCAGCCUCCUAAGGGCAAGGGAGACAAGCCACCUCAUCACGAUCGCCAUCUUGAACAGAAUGUGGUGGCAUCAAAGCCACCGAGGAAACUAAAGCCCUCAACUGGCCCUGUCAAGCCACCACACAAACUUCCAUUUCCCAACUGA